UUUGACAUGAGCUGGUUAGAAAAUUAUGGCUUCCACAAGGUGCCUCUGGGCCUGAGGCAGGCCAGGACUGCUAUAAAAGGCAGCCCAAGUCUCUGCUCUCUCAUCCACUUCUCUCACCUCCUCCUCCUCAGGAAUCAGGUGAGUGCAAAGCCCCCAGCCAUGUCCUGCUGCAAGCCCUGCGACCCAUGCUGCCAGCCCUGCGGCCCCUGCCCGCUGGCCAGCAGCUGCAAUGAGUGCUGUGUCAGGCAGUGCCAGGACUCCCACGUUGUCAUCGAACCCUCCCCCGUGCUGGUGACCCUGCCCGGCCCCAUCCUCAGCUCCUCCCCACAGAACACCGCCGUGGGAUCCUCCACCUCUGCUGCUGUUGGCAACAUCCUCAGCUGUGGCGGAGUGCCCAUCAGCUCUGGGGGCUUUGACAUCUCCUGCAUCACCAACUGCUUUGGUGGCAGCAGAUGCCGUCCCUGCUAA